CGAUGUGGUGAUUUUUACUUGAGUUUAUGUGUUAUUUAUUUACUAUAAUUAUUUGGUUGGAUUGUUGUACUUUCAGAAUAGGAGACCAUUGUUUUGAAAAUGCCUACACAGACGGCAGAGAACGAUGACAUUCGAGUGAAAAUUGUAUAUAAUGGGGAAAUACAAAUCACGUACAUCACUCCCGGGAUUUCAGUGGAUGCGUUACGCGAGGAAAUGCGAACGAUAUGUGGCUUUGGCACAGAGCAAUUCACAAUGAAGUGGGUGGAUGACGAAGGCGACCCGUGCAGGAUCGCCUCGCAGCAGGAAUUAGACGAAGCACUGAGGCUGUAUGAACUUGAGAAGGACACAGAAAUAACCAUCCACGUUUUUCCGAACGUGCCGCCUGCCCCCGGGAUGCCGUGCCAGGGAGAAGACAGAAGCAUCUACAGACGUGGCGCUCGUAGGUGGAGGAAGCUGUACCGAGUGAAUGGCCAUAUUUUUCAGGCGAAACGAUUUAAUCGGAGGGCCUUCUGCGCGUUCUGCCAAGACCGAAUCUGGGGCCUCGGGCGGCAGGGAUUCAAGUGCAUCCAAUGCAAACUGCUCGUGCACAAAAAAUGCCACAAAGUGGUACGCAAGCCUUGCCUGAGCCAGCAGCAACAGCAGCAGAGCGCAGAGUCGCAGACGAUCGACAGAAAUGGCGACCAACAGCUUGAUCCGUAUCCGUGCGGCUCAGCGACUCAUCUCGAUGAUGAGAUCACAGAAUCGCCAAUUAUUGAGGAGCAUUCGCGCGAUCGAAUUGGACAUGAGGAAGGGGAAGAACUACCAUUGGAUACAUUGAACGAGGGUGAUACUUCAAACGACAUGCAACGGCAGUAUUCGUUGAACGACUUUGAGUUGAUUAGGGUGAUCGGUCGUGGUUCCUAUGCAAAGGUCUUGAUGGUGGAGCUGAAACGUACUAAGAGGAUUUACGCCAUGAAGGUAAUUAAAAAGUCCCUGGUGACAGACGAUGAGGACAUCGAUUGGGUGCAGACAGAGAAACACGUAUUCGAAACAGCCUCAAAUCAUCCGUUUUUGGUGGGCCUUCACUCCUGCUUCCAGACGCCUUCGCGUCUAUUCUUCGUGAUCGAAUUUGUACGUGGUGGCGAUCUUAUGUUUCAUAUGCAAAGACAACGUCGUCUUCCUGAGGAUCACGCGCGAUUUUAUGUAGCUGAGAUCAGUCUGGCGUUAAAUUUUCUACAUGAAAAGGGUAUUAUAUAUAGGGAUUUAAAACUGGAUAAUGUAUUGCUUGAUCAUGAAGGGCAUGUUAAGCUUACGGAUUAUGGAAUGUGUAAAGAAGGCAUUCGGGAAGGCGACAACACCGGUACCUUCUGUGGCACUCCCAAUUAUAUUGCUCCUGAAAUUCUACGUGGCGAGGAAUACAGCUUUUCAGUAGAUUGGUGGGCUCUGGGAGUCCUAUUGUAUGAGAUGUUAGCAGGCCGUAGUCCCUUCGAUCUUACUGGCGCGGCCGAAGACCCAGACAAAAAUACCGAGGAUUUCCUAUUUCAAGUCAUUCUGGAAAAGACUAUACGUAUACCGCGAUCCUUAUCCGUUAAAGCUGCAUCUGUUCUUAGAGGAUUUCUUAGCAAAGAUCCAACAGAAAGAUUGGGUUGCGGAAAGAGGCCUUCUGGUUUCCUCGACAUUGUCGCUCAUCCCUUUUUUAAAGCAAUUGAUUGGGAAAUGUUGGAGCAAAAACAAGUUACACCACCUUACAAGCCACGUUUGGACUCCGAUCGCGAUCUCGCAAACUUCCCACCUGAAUUUACGGAUGAGGAAGUCCGUUUGACUCCGGAUGAUCCGAAACAAAUUGAGAAGAUCGAUCAGAGUGAAUUCGAUGGUUUUGAGUAUGUGAAUCCUCUAUUAAUGUCACUGGAAGACUGCGUGUGACAAGAGCCACUUUUCAUUGUGCAGCGUCACAAUCAAGACCAGCAACAGCAGUAUCAACUGCAGCAGUG